AUGAAUUUACUCAGUAAACUCUCUUGUUGUUACAGAUUUGUCAUCAAUCUCCUGGCUACCAAUUUGGUAACGACAUCCCUGCUCGCGCCCGCAUUGUUUGGCGAGCACACCGCACGGGAGAAAGAGGGUUGGAUCGAGGCAGGAGACGCGGCCGCCGCGGCAUAUAGUUUGGCAGCACUUCUUGCUGUUAUGCUUAUCUCCGUGGACCAGCAUCACGCAGUCACCGACCCCCUUCGUUGCCACACGCGGCUACUACAGCGCCGCCCCGCUGCUCUGUGCGCCGCGACCUGGCUGAUAGCGGCCUUAGCGGCGUCUUCUCGCGCCACCAUUGCUGUUGUGCGACACUACUACCCCUUGCCGGCUGUUCAAACAGCGGAAUUAGCGUAUUACAUCGUCUAUUUAAUAGCUGGUAUCCUCACCCCAGUGGCUAUAGUUUGUAUCAUGUAUGCAAGAAUUUAUCGUGCGGCUAGGUCUUCGGGCCUUCGCGCCAGAGCACAAGGUGCUAGUGCCCUUCAACUACAUGAACCUCAUAUUAAUUUGCCUGAUGUCAUUGAGGAAGGCGAAGGAUUGACUCUCAAAAUAGAUAUGCCAGAAGACGUAGUAGAGGCUGAGCGCAAAUUUGGUCCAUUCCUUCUUCCACCAGAACGACCGCUUCGUUGUCCCUCUAUCGCAAGCUUGAGAAAUUCUCGAAAGGAGGGAAAAUCGAAUGAAGAUUUGAGAAAAGGUUUGCCAGCGGUUAAUUCUGCGCCGUCACUUGCUGUGCCUCUGCUAGCAGUGCAAACAUGUACUCCAGCGCCUUCAAACAACGGUUCAAGAAUUACGUCUAUCCGGUGUCGAAUAUCGAAUGCAUCAUUGUUUAGAUAUAGGGAAGAAUCUCGUGCAGCCCGAGUGGGACUAUUGACGGGUGCACUAGUGAUGUUGCAUGUGCCGCACGCGGCAGUGGCUGUUGUAUCAGCAGUCGCGCCAGGCUUAGCGUCCUGCGGAAGGACUCCUGCGUUAGUGUUAUUGUUACUCGCUUCAGCGGUGUCACCAUUCCUAUUUGCGCUGCGCUCGCGACGUGUUCAGCGAGAAGCUCGGCGACUUUUGCUUCCCGAGAAGAGCGCGUGGGAGAGAACGUCUGCGUCAACGGCGGCAGCGGACGGUCAACGCGCACGUGCUGCCCUUGAGCUGCUGCGAACGUUGACCCCAACCAGCGAGAGAAGAGAGAGUGGAGAGACCCGCACCUCAGUGUCGGGAAACGGAUCAGAGGGGGCGUGUCGCAGUUCCUUCAGUUCUGGAGGCAGCACGCAGCUGUCUUCUGCGUCGGACGAGUGA